UUGGAUUUCACUGGUGCCUUUUAACUUGAGCCGUGACGCUUGAGCAAAUAUUUAAUUUUUCACAAUGAUUUUAAAAGAUGCGGCACCUGUUUGCGAAUGUUGCAGAAAACGAGUAGAGGACUGCUUGCCUUGCUGUUGAUAGUGUUGGAGUGGACCCGGCCAGGUCUACCAUCUCCGCUGAGGCCAAUCUGUGACCUGAGGGUCCUGAACCAUUUCAUUCAGGAAGCCCGGGACGCAGAAAUCGCUAUGAAGUCUUGUACAGAAGGAUGUAGCCUGUCAGAGUCUGUCACUGUUCCCCAAACCACAGUAGACUUUGAUGUCUGGGAGAAGACAAAUGCAUUGGAGCAAGCCCAGGAGGUGCAGUGUGGCUUAUGGCUUUUACAACAGGCCCUCAGCUUGUUACGGACCUCAGUCACCAACACAGCACUACACAGCCACAUAGACAACUCCAUCAGAAAUCUGCUUAGCAUCAACGCUGUGCUGCGUAGCCUCAACAUCCAGGAAUAUACCCCACCGACCAGUGCAGCAGGGCUUGAGGGAACAUGGACGGUGUCCUCAGCAUCAGAUUUGCUUCAAGUCCAUGUCAACUUCCUGCGAGGAAAAGUGCGCCUCCUUCUUUUGGAUGCACAGGCUUGUCAGCCAGAUGUCAGCUGAUCGGGUCAUCUCCCUACUCCAGGCAAAGCUGAUUUGUGUUUCUGAGGGAAGAGGCAGGACAUGACACUUUUAACCUGCUUGCUGGCUGCUGGAAGCAGUAAGACAGACACGGCCAUCCUCGUGUAAGUGGAGCAGGCUGAAAGGAAAGGACAGUCCCAGCUGGGCUUUGGAUGGACAGGAGAUGAUUGCACCUUGAAAUGUAGAUGUCAAACAUGGACAUGGUGAAGCACACAUUGACCAAAAUGAGGCUUUUUGGAAGCACUGCUCUUGCACUUUGUGUGUGGAUGUACUUGUGUGUGAGUUAAGACUGCAAGUUUAAAUCUGUAUGUGUCUGUUUCCAGCGAGUCUGACCCCUAACUCGUAUCUGUGAACUGUGGAGUGGAACACCCGGAAAAUAUUGAUUGCACCUAGAAGUUGGUCUGUUAGGUUGCAACAGGGCAUCCAUUUUCAAUACCACUGCAAAAAGGCAAAAACGAAUGAGGCCUUAACCACAUGCCUUUACCAUGCCUCACAGAAACAUUAGUCUCUUUUAUUAGAUUUGUUAAUAUAAUGUUAAUAUAUUUUUUAAAAGUUGUAUAAUUGCUAUUUAUACAUAUUUUCUACUUUAAAGCUCCAGUCUUUGUAUUUUUGUGUCUGAUCUUUAGGAUUUUAGUUGGGCUCAUGUUCUCAUGUGCAACACUGAACACUUGCGCAAAGGUGUUUGUUGACAUUUUUGCAAUGACACGCUGCUGUCUUCCUUUUUUUUCUCUACUUUUUUAAUAAGAUUGUAUGUACUCGACUAGUAGUUAGUUUCGCACUGAAUGUUUCUUCUAAAUAACAGAAUGAAGUGGCUAAGUUACAGUGAACGAGGGAGCAAAAUGUCAGUGAGGAGGGUGGAGGGUUACAUGAGAACUGUGAAGCUGCUUUGUCGUUAUCUAGCUCACCAACACUCACCCAGAGCCUACACUGAUAGCCAGCCUUCUGGAAAAUCAAGCUUGGCCUUUACAAUUAACAUCCUGUGAGGCCGUAAUUGCAAAUAGUUUUCCAGAAUCUGACGCUAGCACUGUCUCACCCCCCCCCUCCCUCCUCCCUCCUCCUCCUCCUCUAUUGUUCGUCAUUAGUCGUCAGAAAGGCAAUCAGUUAGUCCUGGGAACUUGAGGCUUUAUGUAAAAUGGAUGGUCAACCAUUUCAAACUAGUUAAGUGUUCUUCCUUGUUGUUUUCCGUAUUUUUAUACUGUGUUGUUCAAGUGCAAGAUGUUUUUGAGGAUGUUUGUAGAUGUUUUCUUUCCUGUUUUUUUGCAUUGUUUUGUCCCAUCACUGUAUAAUUUGCUAUUUAAAUACAACAUAUUAUUCUUGGAUAAAGAAAGGAUAGAUGGAAACACAACAAGGGGAAGUCUGUCCUUUUCAUUAAUUAUCUUUGUCUUGCUCCAGUCAGUUGGGUUAAUAGGCAAAUUACUACAGUUCAGAUGCUUAACUACA